CACAUUUUCUGAUUUGGGUUUAAUAUUUAUUUAUGUUCUGCAUUUAGUCCUUUGAAUGUUGUUCACUCACUUUUGAUGCAAUGGAGAAUGUAAAAGUAUUUAGUAUCAUUAUUGCCCUCUUUUCAGUUUUGAGUGUGGAAAGUGUGGGGUUGAAGGACUUGAAAACCUGUAAUUUUGGAGCAGUUUAUAACUUUGGUGAUUCCAAUUCUGAUACCGGUGGUGGCUCUGCUGCAUUUUGGCCUGCUGGGAAACCAUGUGGCGAGACUUUCUUCGGUAGGCCGGUCGGACGGGGUUGUGACGGACGUCUCAUUAUCGACUUCAUCGCUGAACACCUUGGGUUGCCUCACUUGAGUCCUUACUUGGAUUCCAUUGGAACAAGUUUCAGAUAUGGUGCUAAUUUUGCCAUUGGCGGAUCAACCAUUAGGCCACAAAAUGAGUCAAUGUCUUUAAAUGGAGUGAGCCCAUUCUCACUUGACAUCCAGAUUGUACAAUUCAACCAAUUCAAGGAUCGAAGCGGCUAUUUCUACAAUCGAAGUUACCCCAGAGAUCGCCAUAAUCUCCCCAGACCUGAGGACUUCUCCAAGGCUCUUUAUAUAUUUGAUAUUGGCCAAAAUGACAUUGCUGCUGGUUUGAGAAAGAAGAACGAUUCAGCUUUUCAUGCAUCAGUUCCAGACAUUGUUGAUCAGCUAGCUAAAGCAGUUCAAAAUCUGUAUGAACAUGGGGCAAGGACAUUUUGGGUACAUAAUACAGGUCCAAUUGGUUGCUUGCCUGUGAGUCUUCAUUAUCAUGAUAUUAAGCCUGAAGAACUUGAUGAGCAGGGCUGUCUAAAAGCCCAAAAUGCCUAUUCCAUGGAGUUCAAUAGGCAGCUUAAGGCUAGAGUGAUCAAACUUAGGGAAAAGUUACCACAUGCUGCUCUCACAUAUGUGGAUAUUUAUGCUGCAAAGUAUGAACUGAUUGGCAAUGCAAAAAAGCAAGGAUUUGUUGAAGCUGCAAAUAUUUGCUGCGGUUUUCAUGAAGACGAGAUUCAAGUAUAUUGUGGCCACAAACAAAACAUAAAUGGAACUGAAAUCUAUGCGGGUUCUUGUGAAAACCCUUCCGACUUUAUUAGCUGGGAUGGUGUCCACUACACUGAGGCUGCCAAUCGUUGGGUUGCUCAUCGUAUAACCAACGGUUCAUUUAGUGAUCCACCCUUGCCAAUUAAACAUGCUUGCCACAAACCCUAGUUUUUGAGUAUUCAUUCAUGAAAUUUCAACUUUGAGAGGUUUCUGAAGGCAAGAUUCAAUUUCGGCAGGCAAAUUUAUACUCACUUUUGCUUAAUACUUCAAUUGAUAUUGUGAAAGGAACAAUUCGUGUUACAGAAACUUUUUUUUUUCAUCUGUUUUCUUUUGGGUGCAAACUACAAAGUCAAAUUAUAAAUUGACUGAGGAGAAUUACGUCAAUAGGUUUUCAACUUUAAGAUGUAAAGAAGGGACCUCUAUAAUUGGUCCCUUGUACUGUUGACUUUUUUUUUUUUUUUUGGUCUAGUUAUGCAUCACAAGUUUGAAAUUUAAGUGUUUAAAUCUAAAAAAUUAUGCUAA